AUGAUCUGGGGUAUGCGUCUCCCCGUGGUGCGAAUCGGGCGCAUCGCGGGCCAAUACGCCAAGCCGCGCUCGAGCGGGACCGAAAAGGUUGAAAUGGAUGACGGUCAAGGUGGGAAACACAUCAAAGAGAUACCCAGCUUUCGGGACGAAUUUGAGCGAAUUUCCGAGGGUCUUUCGGACGCGCUUGAUUUUUGUCGGACUGUUGGUGCCAACGAAGCCGGAGGCGGAUUCGAAUCAGGUGGCGGGCGCGGUGUGCUCGGCGAGGUUGACUUUUACACAAGAAGCCAUGACACGUAUUUUGCCUCUGCCUCCAACUUGCGCGCGCCCGUCGAUGGGCCGACAUCUCCUACAUCCGGAUCCGCGGGACUAUCUACGAGUGUCAACCCCAAUUUCGCGCCGUACAAUACAUCGGCGCAUUUCCUGUGGAUCGGAGACCGCACUCGGCAACUGGAUGGAGCGCAUAUCGAAUACUUUCGCGGCAUUCGCAAUCCUAUUGGAAUCAAGGUUGGGCCAUCGAUGCAGAAUGAUGAACUUGUGCGCCUUCUCGAUAUUGUGAAUCCCGAUCGCGAAGACGGUAAAGUAACUUUAAUCACGCGCUACGGGGCUUCUAAAAUUGAACAAUUCUUGCCUGGUCAUAUUUCGAGUGUACAAGCUUCGGGACAUCCGGUCAUUUGGAUAUGCGAUCCCAUGCACGGCAACACAUUGACCUCAUCAACUGGGCACAAGACUCGUCAUUUCAGUACCAUCAUUUCGGAGAUUACAUCUUGCAUCCAAAUCCACUCUUCCCACAGCCCUCCUUCGCGCCUUGGUGGGAUCUCCCUCGAGUUUACGGGGGAGCUCAACGAAGAGGGGUAUAGUGUGACUGAAUGUCUUGGCGGAAGCAUGGAACUCAAAGAGUCGGAACUCUCUCUCCGCUAUCAGACGUUCUGUGAUCCAAGACUGAACUUUGAGCAAAGCUUGGGUAAGUGUAUGCACUCGGAUAGAUGGUCGAGUAUUGAUGUGGACCGGUAUAAGAAUACGGGUUGUCAAGCUCGCGCGCUUUUCAGCCUCCUUCACCCCUCGCGCCUCGUACCCGCCCUCCCACUCAUUAGCACAGGGCUUCAACCCAAUCCACCCCUGCGCGUCUACCAACUAGUCAUGUCGAUGGGCCCCUCGAUCCUUACUGUCCACGAGCGCCCAAAUGGCGAUAUCGGGCUUGCGCUUCCCAAUCAAACUGGUGAUAUGUAUGUCCUCCGUGGUAGCGCGAAACCUGGCCCAAAGGGAAGCCGGUCUACACAGGAUAUUGUGCGGUGCAAGGACGACAUGGUGCUCGCAUCUGUUGCGUGGGUUGAUCCAAAAAAGGACAUGAUCAAAAUUGAAAAAGCGGCGUAUAUGACUGAAGGAGAGCGCUGUGGCUCCUGGAUACCUCUGGGAGAUGCAUGGAAGAGUGCUGCCCCGGCCAAAGGUGACUGUACCGAACAGUUCAAUGGUUCAGAUCGUCGCCCAUACGAGUGGAAGCUAGAGUUGCGAAAUCUGCGCAAGCUUUAUGCUCCAGAUAAGACAGAACACAUUGCUGUCGAGACGCAGUUCACUCCAAAGGGCCACGUUCUCGAGAUGAACCCGGUGGAUUGUGUUGGCGUGGGAGAGAUGUUGUAUGUGACACUUCUUGUAGGGCUUGCACGACGCCGGCAUAAGCGAAAACACGGACUCCCGGGCGUGGUUUCUCGAGUGGUCGAGAACGUUUUGUUCAUGUAA